AUGGCCACACACGUGGCCACGACCAGCAUCAAGCCUCCCUUCCGAAAAGAAAUUUUCGUAUCCACACACACAUGUAGCAUUAUUAUGCGACUGGUGCUUCUCUGGUCUAUAAUGUGCCUUGCUUCAAGCUCCUGCAGUGCCUACGAAGAUCAACAAACACCAGCUCCUAACGAUGGAUACAAACCAUGUUUGGAUUCGUCUGUCAUGAUUACAAAAUAUAGUGAAACGUUGUAUUCCAAGUCUGAGUGUGUGAAUAAUGGGUUGACCUUGAUAGAGAAUCCUUGGGAGUCCUCACGGGUGAACAAUAGGGUAGCGAAAAUUCUGCUUGAAGAAAAGCUUGGCAUAUGUGUGAACAUUCUCAACACCACUGUUACGGGAGGAUUAGAAUUAAUUAACCAGAAAGGUAAUGAAAUUCCAAUCGUCAUGUUGGAAUUUUGGAAAUCCAAUCGAGUAUCAGAUUAUAGAAAAUAUGUACAAAAUGGAAAAUACAUUACUGAUUUAGGUGAAUUAGGACCAAUAGGUAGAGUAGGAUGGUACAUUCCAUAUUUCAUGACCCAAACUGGAAAUAACAAUGAAAUGGACGACUUUGUUCGUUCCUAUCGCUAUUUUCGAACCACUCCUCUCAUACCGUUCAUUAACGUCGUUCCUCAAGUUCUCUCAUUCAACACUCAGAUUAUUCAAAAUUUAAAAUUGAACCUUAAUGUCACACAGUUACAAAUUUCAGACGAGGAUUCUGAAAAGUAUAUUGUGAAUAGUCUUGAAAAUGCAGAACGAACAAAAACACCUCUAGUUGCCUAUUUCUGGACACCUCAUCAAAUAUUUAGCAAGCCACAUCCACCUCAACGAGUAUAUUUACCUUUAUUCACAGAAGAUUGCAGAAAACCAGAGAAUAUAAAGAGAGGUCUCGUAGAUUGUGACUAUCCUCCUACAUCGUUAAACAAAUUGCAAAGUGAAGCUGUGAAUCGACUCUCUCCUCAAGUUCAACUUUUUCUGAAAAAUUUUCAUUAUCAAAGUCAAGAUCAAAUUCAAAUUUUGGGAGAUAUUUAUUAUAAGAAUAUGACUGUACGAGAUGCAUCAUGUAAAUGGUUACGGGAUCCAAACAAUACUCUAUUGAUUCAGAGUUGGUUUGAAGGUCCUCCAGUUCCCAUAACUCAAAAUGUUGGAUUUAUUGUUGGAAUGGCACAUUUAGCUGUUUUGGUGGGAUUAAUAUUUAUGUUGAUCAUUGCUGCCAUUCUUGGAUACCUGUAUCGAAAGCGUUCGAUUAUUAAGGAAGAGAAUCGAAUGGCUCCUAAAAAUCCUCCUAUUUGUAUUGUUUUUACACAUAUUCAAAAUGCGUCCUUACUGUGGACCCUUGCAUCAGACAUGAUGAAAAAAGUGAUGAGUAUUCACAACAGAGUGGUUCGAAUGAACAUUAAAAAACACAAGGGGUAUGAAGUGAAAACACAUUUGGAUUGUUUCAUGAUAGCUUUUCAAUGCCCAGUUGAUGCUGUGGCUUGUUGCAUGGCUAUUCAGAGAGAACUUGUUGAAUGUGAGUGGACCAAUGACAUGAUGGCAUUUCCUGACAUGCAGCAAGUGGUUUGGAAUGAGCAAAUUAUUUACAAAGGGCCUCGUGUGAAAAUGGGAAUGCAUUUUGGGAAUGAUAUUGACGCACAAUUCGAUUCCACAACACGACGAUUCGACUACUUUGGAACGACUGUCAAUAAGGCAAGUCGUGUUGAAAAAGUGUCAAGUGGUGGACGAGUUUAUAUUAGUGCUGAGACAUUUCAAAGCAUUAGGAAUAUGACAUAUCAUGAGGUUAAACCAGCAAUCACAAGAAGACCCUCCAUGUCCUAUUUAGAAAGCUACAAUACAUCAGGCUUUAAACAAUCCAUUUUGAAAGGAGAAAUUACAUUUGAAAAUGUUGGAGAACGAGAAUUGAAAGGCCUUGAAGGGAAACACACGAUUUACUGGGUGAAAGAUAUGUCUAAUCUUCGCUAUGCCUACAUUGAACAAUUCGAAAUGACACAACAACGACCUCCGUCUCUUAUUGGACGAACGAUUCCAGUAGCAGUGAUUGAUCCUUCUGAAAGAGAAAAAUAUGAGCUCUUUGAAGCUUUGACACAAUGUCUCGCUGAUCCCACCAAAAUGAGUGAAGAUGAGAAAUCUAUUCUACUUCAACGUAUUCUUUUAUUUCCACAUGAAAUUGAGAGAAACAGAUGGAUAACGAAUCCAAAUACUGCAGUUUUACGUUUUGUCUCAAAUUUUUUGAUGAAUUAUUCUCUAUCAGGUAUUACAAGUCCACAAUUGGGAUCGAGAAAACCACUCCCAUCUCCCAGAACUCCAAGAAGACUUUUUGAAAUUUUUAAUAUCAACCAGUGA